AUGAAAGAAGAAAGUUGUGACGAAGAAUUACAUUCUGAUCCGGAAACAAAUAAUGACCAAUCAUGGACACGAACAGUAAAGACGCCAACGAAACCUUUUUCAAAUUUUUAUGCUACGAAACAAAGUUCAUCAAGCGGCUUUGGUAGUCAAUACAAAUUAUCCGAACAGUUGGCAAACACUUCGAAUAAUUCCAAUGAUGAGACAGUCUUCGAAUUUGAUCUGUUGGACAUUCCAAUGCAUAAACCACGUCUUGAACGUUCACAAGUUCAUACGAAUGUACGAGUUUCACAUGUCGAUGAACAUCUGGCUUUUGUUUAUAUUAUGUUGAAUGAGGAUUGGUUAACUGCGACACGAAUGUUAAAUGAUACAUUUCAACAAAAUUUAUUAGAUAAACAAUCGGCUGUUGAAUUCUCAACAUUGAAAAUCGAUGGUUAUUAUAUGUGCAAAAGUCAAUCAUCGUGGUUUCGUUGUCGAUUAUUGACCAAAACGAAUUCCAUUCCAAACAAAGAGAAUCUUUUAACAGUUCAUUUGAUUGAUUGGGGAAUGGAACGACAAAUUCCUAUUUCAGACCUUCGAGAAAUGUCAUCAUCGAUGAGUCGUCAACCCAUCUGUUGUGUACAAUGUCGUUUAUCGGGUGUUACCAAUGGGCCAUUAGCGAGUGUAACAACACUUGCAUCGUGUUAUCAACUAUUAAAUUAUCAUGAUUACGAAGUACGUGUACUUUCCAAUGAUCUGAUUCUUCUUAAUCACAAUAACGAAAGUAUCAAUGAUCAAAUCAUAAAUUUGCUCAAUCCAGAUUUGACAAUGAGAAAAGAAGAAUAUUUAGAAGAUGAAUUUCGUCAUCAAACAAUUUUGAAUGUCGCCGAUGAAUACUGGUCGAUUCUAGCCUCAUAUCGUGGCGAUGAUCAUCAGACUAAUGAUUUCUACGUUCUCAUGUGUGACAAGACGACUACUGAAGUUGAUAAAGCAUUAGCAGCCAUCGAUUAUCAUCAAUAUAACACCAAAGAACCACGAACAAUGCAUCCACUUUGUAUCAAACCACGAAUGAUGGUAGUAGCUCCAUGGAAAAACGAAAAACAUGGCGACGGCAGUGUUGGUUAUUACCGAGCAUGGAUUCGAUCAGUCGAAGGUUGGUUGUCGCUAAUCUUUUCUCGAUUUCAGCUUGUACAUUUAGGCGACAUGUGUCGAAUUGUAUUUGUUGAUUAUGGAAACGAAUGUGAUAUCGAACGUUCGAAAUUAUUAUCAUGUCCACCGUCUGUUUCAUGUUUACCAUGGUUGGCAAUUCGUGUUCGCUUUCAACAGUAUCUUACGCAUGAUGAAUUUAAACGAUUUUGGUACCGAACCGAUGCUCAUUGGAUUAAAAUCAAAGUCAACCGAAUCCAUACAUCGCAUUAUACAAUUCAAGUAUACAUUGACUAUACGUUGGCUAUUCUGCCGGAAGAUCGUCGAGCGAAACUUCAUGCAAAAGACAAAAGCGAUGAAAGUCAGGAACCACAAUUAAUUGAAAAUGAUCCUUCGUCGUUAUUGUUGUAUGAAAUUCGAAAAAAACUAAAUCUUCUUUCGGAUAAACUCGACGAUAACGAAAAGAAGAAUGAGAAACGGUAUGAUCAAUUACUCAAAAGUUUUCAACAUUGA